UGCUUUCCAAUGAAUUACCAGUCAAUUAUUAUAUUUUCAUUCAAGUUCCAUUGAGCAAUGUUUACUACAAAAUUAAAACGCCAACUUUUGAUAUCACAUUCACUAUGGAUCUCCGCAAAAGCAGAGCAACGACAACCACCGUUACUCUCUCAUGUCUUCUCCUCGUUUCUUCAUUCUAUACUAUCUCCACCGCAAAAUCAGCCAAAAAUCCACCCUCUUACCAACUCUUUCUAUUUUUGGGAUUCGUUCUAGUCGCAGCUUUGUCGCUUCUGAUACUUGUCACUGCUGCACGGGCCACUAUGGUAGCUUGGAUAACGGUGAUCGUCUUGCUGGCCUUCUCGGGUACACGCCGUCGUGUUCUGGCGAAGCGGGGGAAGACGAUAACGACGGACGUGGCUAUGUGCUUGGUCAGGGUUCUGAUUAGUGAGGCAGAUCCUCGCGGUUAGUCUGAUGUUAGAGGGUAUUUACUAUUUACAUAUUAUCCUUGUAUAUAACUUUUUUUUUAUAAUCUGAGGAUGUCCAGCCGGCCGAAACCCAACACCAACGCCAAAUAGUCCUGGUUCUUGUAUAUCACUUGAAACUAUUCCUUUUGUGAAUGAUAUUCGGUUUUGUUUU